AUGUUAUCAGUUGCAACUUCUUCUUUGUCCGCUUUGCCUUCUACUAUAAGGGAUUCCUUUUCUAGGAAUACUUCAGAUAGUGAACAAUCUAAAGAAGGCACAACCGAUCCUCCACAAAAUACAUUUCGUGAUAAAAUAGAUUUAGGUAAUACCAAACUUGACGAAGCCAGUGUAAACUCUUCACUUCCUACCCCCCCUCUAAGUUUCUCAACUCCAAAAGAAGAAAAACAACCCAAAAUUGCUGUGGACGCUGAGCCGUCUACUACGUGGCAAGAAAACCUGGCAGGAACAGCAGAACCAACGACUGAUGUGGACAACACACCAGUCGUAUUUAAACCUUCUUUAACACUUAGCGAUUCUGGAAGUUCUUUGAAAAUCGAGCACUUUGUUAAGCCUGACGACGACGAUUUCAUUUCUACUCCUAUAGCCGGUGAUAUCUCUUCACAAAUCCCUCCGACUCAAAACACUGUGAACGAUCAAAGUGAUUCAAAUAAUAAUGAUUCACGAAAGUCAUUUCGCUUAACCUCAAAACCAAAUUCAAAGUUAAAAAAGAAAAAUCGUCAAGGAGCUAGCGAAAGUAUCAUAGAUGAUAGUACAUUAGCAGAAUCUCCCCCAGUAGGUGGUUAUGCUCCUGCUGCUCCAAGAAAAAACGCAGAAUUCCAUUCUUUAUUCAGAAGUGUUCCAGAGGAUGAUUACCUUAUAAAUGAUUAUGGGUGCGCUCUGCAGAAAGAAAUUCUUGUCCAGGGCCGAUUAUAUGUUUCUGCAAAGCAUGUUUGUUUCUACGCGAAUAUUUUUGGAUGGGUCACUAUUCUGGUAAUCGCGUUCUCGGAUAUCUUAUCAAUUGAGAAAAAGAUGACCGCAUUUGUUAUUCCUAAUGCUGUUCUAAUUUCUACAUUGCACGCUAAACAUUUCUUUACAUCAUUCCUUUCAAGAGAUCCUGCCUUCGAAUUGAUGUAUACGAUGUGGAAGCAGACCCAUCCGGCUCUCGCCUUGACAGAAUCUGAAAAUUCCACGAGUCGUAAAGACUCGGAUGCUUCAGAAACAUCAGAGAAUAAUAAUUCUAUAACUAGUGACGAUGAAGUAAAGUCUAUAUCAUCACAAGGGGUGAUUCUUAAAAAUUUUGCUUUACCAAAAUUAACACUUGAUCCGAUGAGAUUAAUGCGUGGACCUACUUCGUCUUCGGACGAUGAUAAUACGUUAAAUCAAGAAAAAUUGGAUAGUGAUAUUCAAUCCUUACCCCUUUCAUUACAAAGUCGUGUUUUUGAUAAUUCUAGCGUGGCCAAAGAACAAAGGAAACGUCGCUCUAGAUCAAAGUCUGAUGUUGGGUUACAAUUGCCUGAUACUAAUGGUUCCGAUUCUAAACAUUCAGAAAAAAUUCGCUCAUCCUCCCGUAACCAAUCUCGACAUACAGCAAGCAAUACCGUUAAGAGACGUCGACCUACUCAGUGUGCUUGUUUAAAAAAGGGUCAACAUUAUGAUAAUGUUUCAUUGGAUACAAAACUUAACGGUAGUGUUGAAAAAAUUUUUAACUUACUUUUCGUCAAUGAUUUGGUUAAAAAUUACAUUAGAGAAGAAGAUAAGUGUACAGAUAUUGAGUUUGAAGAAUGGAAAAUUGAAGACAAUAUAUGGACCAGAUCGCAGAGUUAUACAAAACCAUUGAAUAAUCCCAUAGGUCCCAAGAGUACUAAAUGUUUCAUUAAAGAUGAAUGUUCACAUUUUGAUGAUUAUAUUACGAAUGUAUCCACCGCUACGACACCUGAUGUUCCAUCUGGGAACAAUUUUUGUGUAAAGACUAGAACAUGUAUCAUGUGUGCAGGCACUAAUGAAUCUAGAAUAAUCGUGACUUGUGCUAUAGAAUGGUCAAAGUCGAGCUGGCUGAAAGGAGCGAUUGAAAAGGCUUGCAUUGAAGGACAACGAACGCAUUGGCAGAACAUUUCACAAGUUGCUAGGAAAUAUAUUGCAGCUCAUCUCUCAGAUUUUAUAGAUCAAUUAGGAACUACAGUUCAAGAUGAUGAAGCUAUCGAUUCUGAAGUUGCGAGUGAAAAGGCAACGCCGCUAAAGAGAACGCACACUCACAUUGGACAUAGGCUUGACGGUUUAGAUAGUAGUCAAUAUCGUUUCGGAUACAGCGGGAGAAGUGGUGAUUUCUUAUAUGAACCUCGUAAACGUCAUGGAAACAUGCCAUUAUUUGAUGAGCGUAUUGAAAAUGAAGACGACACACUUUGGAAUUGGUUACGAGAAAGAUCAAACAUGUAUGAAGAAAUCGACAGAAAGGAAAGUUCAUUUUACACAUCAAAAUCAGAACCUAUCUCCUCUAAGGUUCAUUCGACUUCACCACGUGAUAGUAGUAGUAGUUCACAACCAAGACCAAUAUCUUCACAGGGUCUAUAUGAACAAAUGGAAAAUUUGCGUCAGUUGAUACAAACAGCUGAGGAACAUGCAAAAAAAUUGGUGGACGUUGCCGAAUUUGAAAGUGCUCAUUAUUAUAAAGAUUCUAAAGAUAAGCGGAACGGGGGCAACAUUAUGAAAUGA